UUAAAACGGCUCAUUUCAUGUUGAACUACAGACAGACAAAGAUGAAAUAAGCCAGUAUUUUGUAUGAUAGUUAAAGAAAAUUCAUUAUCUUGCUAUCAUAUAAAAACAUAUUUCAGAAAAGAAAUGUCUGGAGAAAAGGAAGAUGAAGCAAAACUGGAAGAAGAACCAGUCCCGAAACUAAGAAUUCGCCAUUUGCUAAUGCCAGUUAUCAUAAUACUAAUGACCUUUGGGAAUGUUGUUGUCAGUACGGCUGAAACACAAUUUGCUUAUUAUGCAGUUCAAAAGGAAUACAAUAUAAGCAGUGUUGUAUCAGCGUCGCGGCAGUCAUUAUGUGAGGCAAAUACAUCGACACCCUUGUUCAAACAGCAACAGAAAAUACAAUCCAUAACUGCAAAUUGGAAUGCCUACUGUCAUCUAGCGCAAAGUGUUCCGGUUCUUUUGAUGUCUUUGAUGGUUGGAUCAUGGAGUGAUGUGAUUGGACGCAGAGCGGCAUUAUAUAUUCCUACUUUUGGUUUAAUUUUCAAAUCUGCGUUUUUUGCAAUAGGUAUACAACUGGAGUGGAACAUAUAUACCUUUGUGAUCGCUUUUUUCGUUGAUGGUGUGUGUGGAAUGUGGAUAAGCCUUUUAGCAUCAGCGUACUCUUUUACUGCAGAUUUAACAAACUAUGGGAAAAGUAGGAUGUUUGGUGUAGUUUUUGUUGACAUGACUCUUGGCGUUGGUAUUGCAUUAGGAGUAGUCACAUCUGGGUAUAUUAUCAAGUUUUUAGGAUUUCUGUACGGAUCUGUACUUAUGGUUGGAGUAGGAGUUUUACUCUGUGUUCUGAUUAGUUUACUACCAGAGAGCAAAAGGUCAACAAAUAAAAUAACAUCUACGACACAAUUCGAAUAUCUAAAAAGUGCAGUUUCAUUCUAUUUCAAAAAGAGUCCAACGAGAUACAAGUACAUCCUCCUUGCAAUUGUAUUUUCAUGUCAAGCGCUGCCUAAUAUUGGCAGGAUAAAUGUGCAGUCACUUUAUGUAAUGAAUUCUCCCUUCUGUUGGAGUUCUGUACUAAUUGGAUUGUUUGGAGGAGUUAGAAGUGUCGCUCAAACAAUUGUGGGAGUAUCAUUGACAUGGCCUCUUUACAAAUGCAUGUCAACAGACGCCAUGGUUAUUGUUGGUUCUCUCUCUGCGAUUGGCUAUUAUAUCCUGACAGCACUUUCUACAAACGAUAUAAUGUUAUUUAUGACGCCCGUCGUAGGUCUUUUUCUGAACUUUCCAGUUAUUGUAAUACGAUCUGAAAUGUCGCAAAUAACACCAAAAGAUAGACAAGGGGCACUUUAUGGAAGUAUAGCUGCAAUCGAUUCUGGGUGCUCUCUUAUUGGUUCUGUGCUUUCAAAUCUCCUAUAUAGCGGAACUGUGUCGGUUUAUAAAGGAUUCGCUUGGCUAGCUUUUGGAUGUUGCCAUAUAGUUGGGUUAUUAUUCUUCGGAUUGUAUAUGCUUAAAAACAGAGAAGAAAAGAAAAAGGAAGAAAAUGAAGAUACAAAUCAUAAAGAUUUUAAGUUUGCAAGACUUUCAUAA